UCUCACUCAGUUUGAGACAUCGGGUUCCUUGCACGGUUAUCGAUGGAUGUAUUUAAAGUGUAAACAAUCUGGAUACAACACUUCCAGGGAUGUUGUUUAUGAACUUAUGCGACUACUUGAUCCAAAGGGCGUGAUGAACAGAAAAAGAGGAAGACUGAUGAGACGACAAUACCUUAAUCCGGGGCCAAACUUUGCUUGGCAUAUCGAUGCCUAUGAUAAACUAAAACCUUAUGGCAUCGCCAUUAGUGGUUGUAUAGACGGUUAUUCACGGUAUGUCAUUUGGCUUGAAGCAUCAACAACCAAUAGUGAUCCUAAAGUAAUAGCCAGCUAUUAUUUGGAAGCAGUCAGAAAAGCGAAUGGGUGUCCUAAAAGAAUACGAGCUGAUCUGGGAACUGAAAAUACCUCUGUUAGAGACAUGCAGAUAUUUUUACGUCAAGACCAUAAUGAUGAAUUUUCAGGUGAAAAGAGUUUUCUUUGUGGAAAAAGCACACAUAACCAACGUAUCGAGUGGUUUUGGGGCCUCCUUCGGAGAGAAAUGGGUCAAUUUUAUAUCGACAUGUUUUCAGAUUUAGGAAGAGACCACAACGACUUAUUCUGCGGUGAUAUGUUCGACAAGAACCUGAUUCAGUUGUGCUUUCUUGAAGUCAUUCAGGAGAACCUUGAUGAAUUACGGAGCACAUGGAACACACAUGUUCUACAAUCAAAAACCAAUGGCAUCGGUGGUCCGCGGCGUCCUAUUCUAAUGUAUACCAUUCCUGAAUUAUAUCAGGCAGAAGAUCACUUGUGUGUCGUAGCAGAGAGUAAAAUCCGUAUCUGUGGAGAGGAAACACGGGAAAAAACUAUAACAUGUGCAGACGAGACAAUUUUUGAGUUAUGUACUCUGAUGAUGGAAGAAAACGGUUUUUCUAAACCUAGAGACUCAAAUGAAGCAAGGCUACUAUAUAGAAAUUUAAGGCAACUUGUUCAUGAAGAAUUGGAGGACCUUUAA